ACCGCCUUCUUCAGUUUGGGUGAAGAAACGGUGGAGGUAGGGAGUGUGUGUCGCGCGCGCCCCCCCGGCCUCUUCAUGCACCUACAAAGUUCGAAGGACCUGUGAUUUAAUUAGUUAGGAUAGUUGACCAUAGUUAAAUAAUGAUUCGUUUACGGGGGUUAUUAGGGGCGCUGCUCGUCGUAUUAGCGCUCUCCCAAACUGGCGCCGCGCAGCUUAUACAGGAAGAGGAUCUCUUCAACUGCCCUGAUGGCUGGGUCCUCCAAGGUCGAAAUUGCUACAAAUUCUUCAAUAUAAAGCAUUCGUGGGUUAAGGCGGCUGCGUUAUGUAAGAGAUUUGGGUCUGACCUCGUCCUCGUCGAGAGCUAUGACCAAAACAACUUCACGGAGAAUCUGGCCCACCAGACGCUGGAUGACCCAACCAACAGCUAUUGGCUAGGGCUCGUUUCUCUCAACGAUCUCUCGACCAACACCUUGGAGUCAGCCGGAGGCAAGCAUGUCUCCCUCUAUUCAGGAUUCUGGUCACAGGGCCAGCCUCAGGUGAAUGACGGAGAGUGCGUCAAGGCGAGGCUGAGCGACACUCGCCAGUCAUGGGAGCUCAGCACCUGCGAGUCCCUGCUGCCCUUCAUGUGUCGUACCAAAGCUUGCACGAAAGGGGCCGUCCAUUGCUCCAAUGGAAAAUGUAUCAACGAGGCUUUCGUCUGUGAUGGCCAGAACGACUGUGGUGACAUGUCUGACGAGAUGAACUGCCCGAACCAGUGUAACUUCUACAUGAAAACCUCUGGGGACUCCAUCGAAAGUCCAGAGUACCCUAAGAAAUACGGACCUAAUUUGGACUGCAAGUGGACCCUGGAAGGUCCAGUGGGCCACAAUGUCAUCCUCCAGUUCUACGAAUUCGACACUGAGAAGAAUUUUGACACCGUCCAGAUUCUGAGCGGAGGUCGCACGGAAGACUCGGCGAUGUCACUCACGACCCUCUCGGGACGUCAGGAUCUGACGGACAAGCUCUUCAUUUCCGCUUCGAACUUCAUGAUCCUGAAAUUCAAGACUGACGCUUCGGUGGAGAAACGAGGUUUCAGAGCCUCCUGGAAGACCGAACCACAAGACUGUGGGGGCGAACUGAUUGCAACGCCACAGGAGCGCAUCAUGACAUCUUACAACUAUCCACUGGAAUACCCUGGGGGCCUGGAGUGCCUCUUCAUCCUCAAGACGCAGCAAGGACGAGUCAUCACCCUGGAGAUAUUGGAUCUAGAUUUGGAAGAAGAAAAAGACUUCAUCCUGAUCCGAGACGGAGAUUCUCCCUCAAGCGCUCUGCUGACUCGCCUAACGGGAAGCCAGGAAGAUAAUCCUCGCUUUGUCAUCUCAACGGGUCCACUCUUGUACUUCUAUUUCCAGACAAAUAUUGGAGUUUCCAAGAGAGGAUUCCGCAUUAAGUAUUAUUCAGGAUGCUCAGUCAACAUCGAAGCCAGCAAAGGCACCAUUUCUUCCCCAGCCUUCGGCAUCAGUGACUAUCCAACCAACCAGGAAUGCAGAUACCUGAUUAAGAGGCCAGGUGGAGGCCCUCUCUCACUGAAGUUCACUGACUUCGACGUGGAAGAGAAAGACUCCGUUCAGGUCUACGAUGGCAUGUCCUCAUCCCAGAGCAUCAGGCUUCACUCCGGGAAUGGCUUCUCUGCCAAGAAUCGCCCCACCAUCCCCCUCACUGCUGAUUCUGGGGCUCUCUUCGUCACGUUCAACUCUGAUCCCCUGAGACCUGCCAAGGGAUGGUCUGCCAACUUUUCUGCAGAUUGCCCAACCAUGACUGCUGGUGAGGGUGCCAUUGCUUCCUCGAGAGACACUUCCUUUGGCAGUGUUGUGACCUAUUCAUGCCCAAAGGGACAGGAGUUUGCCAAUAACAAGACCGAAAUUGUCACCACAUGUAUGCCUGGAGGCCAGUGGUCUGUUGAUUAUGUUCCUGACUGCCAAGAGGUGUAUUGCGGUCCAGUUCCUCAGAUUGACAACGGCUUCAGCAUCGAGGCCACCAACGUCACAUACGAAGGCCAGGCCAAAUACCAGUGCUAUGCUGGCUUUGGUUUCCCCAGUGGUGCACCUUUCGAGACUGUAAGGUGCAACGAACAUGGCCAGUGGGAGAAGCUGCCAGAAUGUCUUGCUUCGCAGUGUCCACCUUUGCCUGAAACACCUUUUGCAGCGCAGACUGUUCUGAACGGAGGUGGUCGAAGCUACGGCACUGUUGUUAGGUUCGAAUGUGAGCCUGGAUACUUCCGCACUGGACUUCCAGUCAUUCACUGCAUGUCCAACGGCUCUUGGUCUGGUGAUGUAGCAACUUGUUCCAGGAUUAGAUGUUAUGAUUACCCAGAGGUUGAAAAUGGCUUUGUCACAGAUCUCACUAAGGAUUACUAUUUUGGCGAUGAAGCUCGCGUGCAGUGCCACAGAGGGUACAAGCUCAUCGGAAACCCCACAAUCCAGUGUGGCCCUAAUCAGACAUUUGUGGAUGUCCCUACCUGUCAAGAUAUCAACGAAUGCGAAGCAGCUCAGUGUGACGGAGCUUCGACAGAAUGCAAGAAUACCCCAGGAGCAUUCUCCUGCAUGUGCAAACCAGGUUUCAGUCCUAAUCUUGACUGCCGCCCAAGAGGUGACCUAGGCGUCUCCGAUGGUGGAAUUCCUGACGAUGCUAUUACUGUAUCUUCAACAGCUGCAGGAUACGAAAAGAAUAGCGUUCGGCUUAAUUCCCAGCCUGGAUGGUGUGGGGCUGUCCCUGUGGCAGGCAGUAACUGGGUGAUGGUCGAUCUUCGCGUCCCAACAGUGAUCAUUGGAUUCCGCACCCAACCUGUUGGGCGCUUGGAUGGUCAGCUUGCCUUUGCAAAAUCAAUAAGGUUGCAGUAUACGGACGAUCUGACUGACGUUUUCCGAGAGUACACCAACAACGACGGUUCACCCGUUGAAUUCCGCAUCACAUCUGGCGCAUCUUUAUCCGUGGUGAACUUGCCCACUCCCGUCGAGGCCCGUUUCAUUCGCCUUACCCUGGCUGACUACGAAGAAGCUCCUUGCCUCAAGUUUGAGCUUAUGGGUUGUGCCCGGCAGGAUUGCAUUGACAUCAACGAGUGUGCGAAAAAUAAUGGAGGCUGUGAUCAGCGUUGCCUUAACUCCCCUGGCUCAUUCUCUUGUUUGUGCAAUGUGGGUUACGAUCUCUUCACUGAAAAUGGAACGGCUGGAUUUUAUGUUGAAUCCUCAGAAUCUGGUUCAAGAGAUGGUGACAUUUACAGGCUCAACAAAACUUGCGUACAGAAAAUGUGCCCAACGUUGGAGUCGCCCGCCAAUGGAGUCCUCGUUGACACACGGGAAAUGUACCAUUAUGGUGACAUCGUUAAAUUCCAGUGUAAUUUCGGUUAUGUGAUGUACGGUUCUGACACUUUGACUUGCACCAGCAGUGGCGAAUGGAACGGAACCUUACCUGAAUGUCGUUAUGCUUCCUGUGCUCCACUUGGAGAUGAUCCAGCACAAGGUUUGACUAUCAGUUACCCCGAUCCUGACGCUCCAGUCGUACCUUUCAUGGGGAACAUAUCGAUUAUGUGCAAUCAGGACGGACGUCCGGCAAGGAGCACAAUGACUUCACGUUUCCGAGAGUGCGUCUACGAUCCUCAGCCUGGCUUACCUGAUUAUUGGCUCUCAGGAAUUUCUCCAAAGUGCCCUCGCGUUGACUGUGGUGAGCCGGCAGAAACUCCAGGGGCAACUUACGGCUUUACUGUAGAUACAAAGUUCCAGUCUUCUUUCUUCUUUGGUUGUGAGGAAACUUUCAGCUUGGCAGGUCAGACAAGUAAGAAUGAUAAUGCUGUUAGGUGUCAGUCAGAUUCCACCUGGGACGGUGAUCUGAGAUGCGAAGGUCCUGUUUGCUCUGACCCAGGUCACCCUCCAGAUGGUAUCCAGAUUGCUACCAGUUACGAACAAGGGUCUCGCGUAAAGUUCGCCUGUACACGUCCCGGCUACAUCCCCAUCGUUGACGAGCCCAUACGUUGCAUGCGUGAGCCCGAGUGCCGUGUUGUUGCCCCUCUGGGUAUCACAUCUGGUAAGAUUCCUGCAUCUGCCAUCAAUGCGACAUCAGAGCGAGGAAACUACGAAGCUCAUAACAUUCGCCUGAAUUCGGCUACAGGAUGGUGCAGUCAGGAAGAAUCCUUUUCAUUUGUCACAGUUGACCUGGGUAAAGUUCACAGAAUUAAAGCAAUAUUAGUCAAGGGUGUGAUCACAAACGAUGUUGUAGGAAGACCCACCGAGAUUCGCUUCUUCUACAAAGAAAAAGACGAAGACAAUUACAUCGUAUACUUCCCUAACUUCAACUUGACGGCGAGAGAUCCCGGCAACUACGGCGAGCUUGCCAUGAUAACAUUGCCAAUUGUUGUAACUGCUCGAUUUGUUAUUCUUGGUAUCGUCAGCUACGAUGAGAAUCGUUGUCUCAAGUUUGAACUGAUGGGUUGUGAGGACGAGCCGCCCAGCCAGCGCUUGCUUGGAUUCGACAUGGGCUACCCAGUAUGCGUUGACAACGAGCCACCCCAAUUUGCCAAUUGUCCCAAUAAUCCAAUAGUGGUUCAGAAGGGUCCUAAAGGAUUGGAGCCCGUUAAUUUCACAGUCCCUACAGCAAUCGACAAUUCCGGAAUGAUAGCGCGUACCGAGAUCAGGCCUCCUGGUUUCCGUCCACCGAUGCACAUUUUCGAGGAUAUGAUGGUCGAAUACUACGCUUUCGACUUUGACGGAAACGUUGCCAUUUGUCAGAUCAACAUCACCAUUCCAGACGACGUCCCGCCUUCCAUAACUUGCCCGCAGAGUUAUGUGAUUGAACUUGUUGAAGAACAGGAGAACUAUCAAGUGAACUUCAAUUCUUCGUUGACCCUGAGCAAUGUUAAUGCUUCUGAUAACAGUGGGGAAUACCAGUUACGAGUCAUACCUGAAGCCGCCAUAAUCCCAGUGGGUGGAUAUGAAAAUGUAACAGUUCUUGCUACCGAUCCUUCGGGAAACAUCGCUUCGUGCAACUUCCAAGUUGCUGUGCAGGCUACUGCUUGUGUGAAUUGGGAACUGAAAGAGCCAGCUAAUGGCAAGCUGAACUGCAUAUCCAACUCUCAAGGAGCCGAAUGCACGGCCACUUGUAACCCUGGAUUCCGUUUCACAGAUAACAUGCCAGAGAAGAGAUUUACAUGCAAUGAUAAGACUGAGUGGCAGCCAACUCGUGUUGUACCAGACUGCGUGAGUGAAAACACAGAGCAAGCUAGUUACGACGUCAUGGCAGACAUCACAUAUCGGGCAAAUGGAGCCGUCGAUCCCAGCUGUCUCACUCAGUAUGACUCGCUUCUUAAUCAGUACUACGAUAGCUUGAAUGGAAUCUUGUCAAACCGUUGCUCGUCGGCCGUGAAUGUAGCCAUUGAUGUGAGGUUCCACAAUACUAAACUGAAGGUCACAGAGUCCAAUAUGGUUCACAUCUACUAUAUUGUGAGACUUACUCCAGAUGUCAAGAAAACUAACCUGUAUGAAUUAUGUGGUUCCACUUUAGCGUUGAUAUUUGAUCUGAGUGUCACUUCGUCCUCAGCAGUGAUUGAACCAGUCAUUAACUUGUCAUCCGCCGGCAACGCUUGUCCACCAAUGCGGGCAGCAAACUCCAGCGUCUCUCAAGGCUUCACUUGCAAUGUUGGAGAAGUGCUGAAUACUGAAACUGGUGAAGUUCCUCGCUGUCUCCACUGCCCUGCCGGUGCUUAUGCUGCUAAAGAAGAGAAACAGUGUUCUCCUUGCGCGAAAGGCUUCUACCAAGAUCAGAGCCGUCAAGGCUCGUGCAAGCAGUGCCCCCCGGGUACGUACACUCGCACCGAAGGCAGCAAAUCCAGCUCGGACUGUAUUCCUGUCUGUGGUUUUGGAACUUAUUCACCGACUGGCCUUGUGCCUUGCCUGAACUGUCCAAGGAACUCUUACACCGAAAUCCCACCUAUCGAUGGUUUCAAAGAGUGCCAGGUCUGUCCUCCAGAAACUUUCACUCAUGCUUCAGCUACAGCUUCACAGCAACUCUGUCGUCAGAAGUGCAGACCAGGCUAUUAUUCUGAUACUGGCCUAGAGCCGUGCGCCCCUUGCCCACACAACUAUUACCAGCCUCUUAUUGGCAGUGAUACUUGCUUGGAAUGCCCCACAGGUAACAGGACCCUGGAAGAAGGCUCUUCCUCCGAAGAUGACUGUAAGCCUGUGACGUGCACAGAGGGAAUGUGCCAGAAUGGUGGCCUCUGUUUGUCUCGUCAGCACCAGGCUCAGUGUUACUGUCCCGCAGGAUUUACAGGAUUAUUCUGCGAGGUUGACGUCAACGAAUGUGGUUCAGAGCCCUGUUACAAUGGGGGUACCUGCAUUGACAACCCACAGGGAUACUUGUGUAAGUGCUCUGAAGGAUACACUGGCCUUCAGUGUCAAACUGAGGAGAGUGAAUGCGUGGAGGGUACAUGUCCUGACCGAGCUAUGUGUAAAGAUGACCCAGGUAUCGGCACAGUCGAAUGUUUGUGCCGUUCUGGAUACACUGGCCCUGGUUGCAACAUCACUGUUAAUCCCUGCACAGAGAAUGGAAAUCCAUGUGCCAACAGUGCUGCCUGCAUUCCUCUUGACCAAGGACGUUUCCGCUGUGAGUGCAUACCUGGAUGGGAAGGCCGCCUUUGCGAGGUGAAUAUUGAUGACUGUGCCGAGAGGCCCUGCCUCCUGAAUGCGAACUGCACUGAUCUUGUCAAUGAUUUCCGCUGUGAUUGCCCUAAUGGAUUUACAGGAAAGAGAUGCCACAUUAAAGUCGACUUGUGCAAUAACUCCCCGUGCGUUAAUGGAAUAUGUGUGGACCGUUUCUUCUCUCAUGAAUGCGUUUGCCAUCCAGGUUGGACAGGUGAGCACUGUGAUCUAAACAUUGAUGACUGUGAAUCUGCACCUUGCCAGAAUGGAGGCCAGUGUAUCGACAAGGUUGAUGGAUUCCAUUGUGCCUGUGAUACUGGUUUCACUGGAAAAGUUUGUCAGCAUACAAUUGAUGACUGUGCCUCAGAGCCUUGCCAGAAUGGCGGCACUUGUGUUGAUGAACUAGAUGGUUUUAGCUGCGAAUGUAGACCAGGCUUUGUUGGACUGCAGUGCGAAGCAUCGAUUGACGAGUGUAUCAGCAACCCAUGCAAUCCAGUGGGCACUGAGAAAUGCCUUGAUCUUGACAAUAUGUUCAAAUGUCAGUGUCAUGCCGGAUACACCGGAGAGUUCUGCGAAAAUAACAUCAACGAGUGUGCUACGAACCCCUGCAAUAAUGGCGGCACGUGCACCGACGGCAUUUCAGAUUUCACUUGCAGCUGUAACCAAGGCUGGACAGGAAAACGUUGUGAGACCGACAUCGGCAGCUGCAACGAUUCACCCUGUUUGAAUGAUGCCGACUGCAUCAAUUUGUUCCAAGACUUCUUCUGUGCCUGCCCCUCGGGAACGGACGGCAAGCGUUGCCAGGUGACCCCGGAGAGGUGCGUUGGAAACCCUUGCAUGAAUGGUGCAUCCUGCCAGGACUACGGCUCAGGUCUGAAUUGCACCUGUUCUGAGGACUUCACCGGCAUCGGUUGCCAGUACGAGUUUGACGCCUGUGAGGCUGGUCUCUGCAGGAAUGGCGCUACUUGCGUUGACCGGGGUGCUGGCUACGAAUGUGUGUGCCCCCCUGGCUACACCGGGAGACAUUGUGAUCAAGAUAUCGUAGACUGUACACCAACUUCUUGCCCGCCAGGAGCUACCUGCAUUGACCUGACAAAUGAUUUUUACUGCAAGUGCCCCUUCAACCUGACAGGAGAGGACUGCAGGAAAGUCAUCAACAUCAACUAUGAAUUGUACAUCAAUGAUGAAGGAAAAACAUCGAGUGCUUCACUGGCUACACCCUUCAAGAUUGGAGGAGCUACGUCCUUCACCAUUGCCAUGUGGGUGCAGUUUGCCAUCCCUGAUGAUUUGGGCACAAUCUUCACUCUGUUCUCUGUCUCGAGUCCAUACAUACCCUCCGACAAAGAAAUCUUGCUUCAAGCGACAAAUGCAGGCAUAGCCAUAGAGUUCUUUGAAGACCAGAAGGAAUUCGUUACAUUCCGUAACAACAUCCCAAUUAACGACGGCCAGUGGCACCACGUGGCACUGGUGUGGGAUGGGGAAGCUGGCACUUUGACCCUCACAACAGAUGCCGUUGUCGUUGCCCAGGUCGAGGCAUUUGGACAAGGGAAGUCGUUACCUAUGUAUGGAUGGGUGACGCUAGGCUCGGUAAGUACGCAUCACGCAGGCUACACAAACGAACGAGGAUUCCACGGCCGCAUCGCUCGACUGAAUGCUUGGAACAGGCCACUCGACUUCCGUACUGAAAUUCCUAAAAUGGUUCGAUCAUGCAUGAAUUCACCCGUCAUAUUUGACGGACUCCUCCUUCGUUGGACUGGCUACGACAAAGUUGAGGGUAAUGUGGAGAGAGUUGGUCCGUCAACUUGUGGCCAAUACGUUUGUCCUCCGGGCUACACUGGUGACUGUACGGUACUCGAAAGAGACAAGACUCCUCCUCGAGUAGACCACUGCCCAGGAGACAUUUGGGUCAUCGCACGGAACGGAUCGAAGGUCGUCGAUUGGGAUGAGCCUCACUUCUCGGAUAACAUUGGCAUCGAACAAGUUGUUGACAAGUCGGGAUAUUCUCCAGGACAGGCCUUCACGUGGGGAACGUACCAAGUGGCCCGCGUAGCUUACGAUGCAGCCGGCAACUCGGCAAUGUGUUCCUUCAAUGUGUACGUACUGCCAGACUUCUGCCCUACGCUGGAUGAUCCUGUAGGCGGCGUGCAGCGUUGCUCCAACUGGGGACCGGGCGGCCGGUUCAAGGUCUGCAAGAUUGAAUGCAAUGAUGGGCUGAAGUUCUCUACGAGGGUGCCCGAUUUCUUUACGUGUGGAGCAGAAGGCUUCUGGAGACCGACCUCGGAUCCUGCUCAUAAACUGGUCUACCCUGCCUGUUCGCCAUCAACUCCUGCCCAGAGAGUGUUCAAGAUCAACAUGCAGUUCCCAUCAUCUGUUAUCUGCAAUGCCGCCGGUCAGAACGUCCUGAGCGAGAAAAUAAAACACGCUCUGAACAAACUCAACUCUGACUGGAACUUCUGCACGGACACUGUCGCGUCCAGCGGCGUGUGCAAUGGACUGAACGUGGCCGUCGACUGCUCCAGAAGAAACAGGAUCGCUCGCGACGCUGACACAGACCGAGAGAGGCGUCAGACUCCCCCGCCAAGCAACGAUGUUUAUGAUGUGAAGAUUACAUUCGCAUCGGCCAACUCAAGAACAGCGAGGGAAUCAGAACAGGCAUACCAGUAUAACUUGGAUGUUUCAUUUGCAGCCAACAACGACCCAGUCAGCAACAAGAACUCGGAUCUGAAAGCCACCGUCAGGAGCCUCAUCGAAGAAAUCAUCCUUCAGAACGACGAGUUCGACGUACGCGAUGCCCUGCCAAAUGUGGUGCCUGACCCAUCCUCACUAGAGCUGACCUCUGAAUAUUCCUGCCCUGUAGGCAAGGUUGUCGUUGAGAGCGAUUGUGUUGAUUGCUCUCCGGGAACAUACUAUGACAGAGAGAAGAAGAUCUGUAAAGCGUGUGACUCUGGCACCUACCAGAAUGAGCUAGGUCAGGUGACUUGCAAACCUUGUCCUGAUAUAGCUGGUCGUCAGGGAGUCACCAAGACCACUGGGGCUCGCUCGGUGGAGGAGUGCCAAGAACGCUGUGCUGCCGGAAGGUACUUCGACGAAGAUCUGGGAGUCUGUCGGUCGUGUGGAUAUGGCUACUACCAACCAAUGGAAGGAAAGUUCUCGUGCAAGAGAUGCGAACGAGGUCUGACCACUCGCACGAACGACGCCGUCUCGGCCUCUGAGUGUCGUGAAGAGUGCGAGUCCGGUCAACAGCUGGGAACCACAGGCCCUUGCGAACCCUGCCCUCGUGGCACGUACCGUACCAAGGGCAUUCAUGCUUCUUGUGUCAGAUGCCCAGAAUCUCGCACUACGUUGCAGUCUGGUGCUGCGUCAAUUGAAGAAUGUUCUCUGAAGAUUUGCAUCGCUGGUACUUUCCUAUCGAACUUGAACUCAGUGUACGAGUGCUUGCCAUGUCCUAAGGGUACAUAUCAGCCCGAAGGAGAGCAGACGUCUUGUAUCGACUGCCCACAAGACACGUCGACUGCCGACGUAGGCUCCACUUCAAUGAAUGACUGCUCCAAUCCUUGCGAAGUCCACGGAGAGAAGAUGCACUGCGACCCCAACGCUCUCUGCUUGUUCAUCACAGAAUCCAAUGACUUUGACUGCCAGUGCAAGCCUGGAUUUAACGGCACGGGCAAAGAAUGCUACGACAAGUGUGAAAACUUCUGCGAGAACAACGGCCUUUGCAAGAAGGAUGACCAGGGCAAUCCUUUCUGUGUGUGCGUCGGAUCAUUCACAGGCUCUCAGUGCAAGGUCAAGAGUGACUUCACAUACAUCGCUGGAGGCAUCGCUGGAGCCGUUGUGUUCUUCAUACUCAUCGCUCUGCUCGUAUGGAUGAUCUGCAUCCGUGCCACAAGACGAAGGGAGCCAAAGAAGGGCUUCUUCAAUCAGCCAUCCACCGAUCCAAAUGGUUCUCAGGUGAACUUCUACUACGGAGCUCCUGCUGCCUACGCGGAGAGCAUCGCCCCGUCACACCACUCAACCUACGCCCACUACUACGAUGACGAAGAGGAUGCUUGGGAGAUGCCGAACUUCUACAAUGAGACUUACAUGAAGACUGGCUUCCCAAACGGGGCAGGAAAUAGCCUGGCCCGAUCCAAUGCCUCCAUCUACGGCAACAAGGAAGACCUCUACGAUCGCCUACGUAAGCACGCUUAUCAGGGAAAGAAAGGUGAGGAGGACUGAGGAGAAGCACGUCAGAUAAAGACGAAACAGGAGACAGUGACGACCAAAUCCACUGACUCGGAUCAGUGUCUUAGAAUCCUUGUCAUUGUUCGCCCAGCUCAGGAGAACUGGCAAAGACUUUGUAGCUAUAACCGUCUCUGUCUGAAAGA